AUGUCGGUGUUACAUACAGCUCUAGAUGCUGUACUUCGUAUACGACAAGAGGACGGUUCUUCCGAUGCGGCCCCCGAAUCCGGCUUCACCGUCGAGGUCGACUGCAGCACUGGUAACGAAUACGAUGGCCGAAUGGGAGUACGCAUAUCCUCUAUCUUCGUUAUCUUGGUUGGUUCGCUACUCGGUGCUGUCUUGCCCGUCUUCUUAGCCCGCGGUGCAAAAGUGAAGGUGAACGGAACGGCAUUCUUCAUCGCGAAAUACUUCGGCUCCGGUGUUAUUAUCGGAACAGCAUUCAUGCAUCUCCUCUCUCCGGCAUUCGAAGCUUUAAAAUCCCCGUGUCUUCCGGAUGGCCCCAUUAAUGACUACGACUGGGCGGCUGGAAUUUGUUUAAUGACGGUCUUCGUUAUGUUCACCAUCGAGCUUAUUGCGAGCCGCUUUGACUUCUUCGGCCACGACCAUGAUGACGCGAAGGGUGCCGACCCGUCCCUGGAUAUCCUUAGGAAGGGAAACCAGAUCUCGCCGUCACCAAUCCGAGACCUCGAAGCUGGCUCAGCAACUAAUGAGAACAAAACUGGGGAUGCAACCGAGAAUGGCUCAAGUUUACCUACAGACCUUAGCUAUCCUCCCGGUGGCGAAGAUCAUCUAGGUCACCAACGCGAACACCAUGAUAGCGAUAGUCAUUCUGCUUUCGCCGCACAAAUGACAGCGCUUUUCAUCCUCGAGUUCGGUGUCGUAUUCCAUAGUAUCUUUAUUGGCCUGACACUUGCGGUUGCCGGCGAAGAAUUCACGGUUCUAUAUAUCGUGCUCGUCUUCCAUCAGACAUUCGAAGGUCUCGGUCUCGGGUCACGAUUGGCUACGGCACAAUGGCCCAGAUCUAAGGCAUGGAUGCCAUAUGCAUUAGCAGUUGGCUAUGCCCUUAGUACCCCGAUAUCUAUCGCCAUCGGCCUAGGAGUGCGAUCAACUCUUCAGCCGGGCAGCCCGAAGAGCUUGGUUAUCAAUGGUGUCUUCGACUCUAUCAGUGCCGGUAUACUUAUCUACACAGGUCUCGUCGAGUUACUCGCUCACGAGUUCAUGUUUAACUCAUACAUGCGCAAUGCAGGACUAAAAGUUCAGCUUUACGCGUUAGGAUGUGUUGCACUGGGCUGCGGGCUAAUGGCCGUGCUUGCGGAAUGGGCUUAA